UCAGAUGCGACCAAUUGAUUUGUUAGUAUGUCGUCGCCUUCCGUAAGAGCAACACGUUCGAUUGUUAGUGUUAAGUGAUGUAAGCAAAUAAAAACGUAUGGACGAAAUAUAAGCACAUAUAGACUUACGUUUGUCGUGGCAAUUGGCUUUUCGUGUCCCGUGAAGUGUUUUCUAUAUAUGAGAUUAGAUAUGUAUAUACUGUCUAUAGUGCAAGCAAGCUUAACCAACUAAACUCAUAUAUUGGAAAUGUAUACAUAUGCAUAAAUACAUAACUAUGUAUGACUUUAUAUCUACAUAUGUACUUAUGUACAUAUAUGAAAUGCGUAUUCAAAAGCGUGCACCAAAAUUGCAUUGAAGAACCGGUAAAUCAUAACUUCCCUUAUUAUAGUCUAAAAGGUUUCCUAAUUAUGUACCAAUCUGGAACGUCAACAUUGUCUUCAAUCCCGCACAUCCCAUGAAAAAUUAAAACGGAUGUGUAUGAAUCCAAAAAAAAUUGAGUGAUAAGUUCAAAAUUUAGAAUAUUAACUAAAUUUGCAGUGGGGACUGCAAGUACUUUAAUUUUAUUCGCAGAAAAACAUUGAAUUAAACUCAAUCUUCUUCAAAGAAUUCGCAAGUCAAAUACACAAUGGCGAUAUAACAAUGAUUACUACUAAUACAUGUAUUAGGUUAUGUGAUGGAUGGUAUUAAUGUUCGUUUGUAUAAAGUGGAGCCUCCAGUUGUGCUGGCCUAUGAGCAUAUUCCCCCGCCUUUCAUUCCUGAUAAUUCAGCAACGACAAAUUCGAAUGUAAGUGCCGCUGUUAUUGCUGCGAUUGACAGCCCAAAUAGCACUGCUAAUGACUUCAUUUACGUAAAAGUAAGCAAUAGCAGCACUCCUGCAACAAGCACUUUGGUUUCACUAAGCAACUCUACCUACUCUCACUUCAUUUCGGCUGUUUCUCAUGCUGUCCUUACGCCGACACCACCAACAACGACUUUAUCAAUGGCAUCAUUCGAUCUUCAUCCAGUUUUGAUUGAGCAAGACAUUUCUUCACCAUUUAACGGUGGCAAUAAACUGUCGGAGGAUGUAUUGGGAAAUAUUUUGGGACCAUCAACAGAGACGACAGAGGGUGUAGGAAAUGAUAAACUAAAUUCGUUCUAUUUUUACGAGAUGGAACAGUUUGCAGUACUGUGGAUACUCUUCACUGUUAUAGUGCUCGGUAACUCUGCGGUGCUUUUUGUGCUGUUUGUAAAUAAAAAUCGAAAAUCAAGAAUGAAUUACUUUAUUAAGCAGCUGGCACUCGCAGAUCUUUCUGUCGGCUUACUUCAUGUGCUUACUGACAUAAUAUGGCGAAUAACAAUUUCAUGGAGAGCCGGUAAUAUUGCUUGUAAGCUCAUACGCUUUUCCCAAGUUUGCGUAACAUAUUCAUCUACAUAUGUGCUAGUAGCUAUGAGUAUCGAUCGCUAUGACGCCAUAACACACCCCAUGAACUUCUCGAAAUCAUGGCGCAGGGCAAAACAUCUUGUUACAGCAGCAUGGAUGGUUUCAGUACUUUUCUCGUUACCCAUUUUGUUUCUUUACGAAGAAAAGCUAAUCCAGGGCCAGCUGCAAUGCUGGAUAGAACUUGGUUCGCCGGAAGCAUGGCAAACAUAUAUGUGCCUAGUGGCGACAACACUAUUCAUUGUGCCCGCGCUGAUCAUCUCAGCUUGUUAUGCGAUUAUCGUCAAAACUAUUUGGGCGAAGGGCUCCAUAUUUAUAUCCGCAGAACGUUGUAAUAAUAAUGUAGCUACUAGAAGAGCCAGCUCUCGCGGUAUAAUACCACGAGCCAAAGUAAAAACUGUCAAAAUGACAUUUGUCAUUGUCAUCGUAUUCAUACUGUGUUGGUCUCCAUACAUUAUCUUCGAUUUACUGCAAGUAUUUGGACGUAUUCCGAAAACUCAAACCAAUAUUGCUAUAGCAACGUUUAUACAGAGUUUAGCACCACUAAAUUCAGCAGCGAAUCCACUCAUUUAUUGUGUAUUUUCAUCGCAAGUAUUUCGCACACUCAGCCGUUUUCCCCCUUUCAAAUGGUUCAAAUGCUGUUGCCGUUCUUAUUUAAACAAUUCAACACAAAGUCGUUGCAGCAGCGUGAGCCGUCGACUUCACUACAGCUGCGAUUCAGUACGAACAUUGACCACUUCGCUCGCCGUAUCACGACGCUCUAAUAAAGCGUCAGCACAUGUGGUCAUAUGUGAAAAAGAAAAAGAUCCAUUAGCCGUUUCGGAAGUAUGAUGUCGUGCACUAUUUACAUAUAUCGCGUCUAAGCCCACAAUCCUAAUAACUUAGGUUCUUUUUAAAUUAAAAUUAAAUUGCUUAUGGUACAACAAUUAUAAAUUCGUGAAUUAUUGGCACCAAAAGAAGCAAAAAACACAAAUGCUAUAGUAUAUCCUAAUCCUUAUAGCUGAUUUGGGUAAACCUUUGCUCGCUUUUGCUUUGCUAAGUAAACAUAAAAGGCCAUGCCAUAAUGAACGCUUUGCUUUCCAUGUUUCUCGCAGAUAACUAUUUAUAAUUUCCUGUAUUUAUUUUCAACUUAACAGAUUUGAAAAAACUAGAGUUGCAUAUGUACACAUGUAUGUAUUGUAUUUAUUUCGAAGCAUAAAAAGUUUGAUUGUCAACAUUUUGCUUCGCUUUGCUUUACUUCGCCGCGAUUUUAACGAACUCAUACAAAAGCAUACAUCGAACUUAUCUGACAAAGCAAUAAUCCGAAGCAAACAUUGUAUGUGAAUCGGUCAUUAAAGAGCUCUUUUCAGUCAUUAACAUUUAUGCUAACAUGUCGUAUAGAUGCUGAUAUACUUAAAUCAUGGAUAUGUAAGGAGAUACAUGCAGAACAUUUAAUUAUUGUAAUAUGGCCAAUAUGUAUUUUUUAUUUAUUUAUAUACAUAUAUAUAUAUGUAUGUAUGUAGAGAAUGUUAAACUAAAACAGAAUGCAUAGACGAUAAGAAUAAGGUCAGUCAAUAUCUUAAAAAAUUACAAAUGAGUUUUUUUUUAAAUAAAAGAAAAUUUAUAUACAUUCAAACAAA